AGUGGACAAAUGUGUUUUGUUCGGUUGGUAGGCCACUACUUUUGUUGCUUUAUUUUAUGGGAAAGAGCAACAUCUGUGAAAACACAUUCAGGAGAGAGAGAGUCUUAGAGCGAAACAGUGCAUCUUUCGUCUGGGUUGCUUUUCACUUGGCUUCAAAGGGAUUAGCUUUAUAACCAAAUGUAACCAAACCCUAUCUCGGUCCUCUGUUGAUGUAGGUUACCAGUCAUAAAAGCACUGUAGCUGUCUCAUGUUUUAGGGAAAACUCCCCAAAAUUAUUUACAAGCCUCAACUAAUGGCAGUGGAUUAUAUUGAAUUACUAUUGUUUCUGAAACUGAGCAUUUACAGUAUUGCAAUCAUAGUAUACUAUUGAGAUGUUUAAUCCAGACUGCCUGGUCCAUGCUAUCAGGGAUCCUUGGGAUGUAUCAACUCUGAAGUUACCUGAUUGAAGUUGAAUUUUUAAAUGGUGGGUUUAGGGUAGUGACUUCCCAAGGAUUCUGAAUAGCAUUUACCCUGCCUGGUGCUCACCUUUUUUCUUUCUUUUUUUCCAGAUCCAGGCCCUCUAUUUCACAAGAAGGUGUUGGUGUUGUCACUACAACAUCACAAUUGUCCUAGUUAGUGUUCAAUUAAAAAAUUAACAUCAACAUCAGGUAGUUAGGCCAGUAACUAUUUAAAUAAACAAAAAAUACUCUGUAUCACGUUCAUGUCUGCGUGCAGCGCAACGUUUGACGCGGUGGUUGGUCCUCGCUGAAGCUGCUGUCAAAUGGCAACUGCCAACGCUCAGAAGGAAACUCCUCCCUGUUGACAGCACGUUCCGUCCCCUUCUCAGCGCAAUGGUUUCUUGGAUAAUCUCUAGACUUGUGGUGCUUGUAUUUGGCACACUAUAUCCUGCAUACUCCUCAUACAAAGCUGUCAAGUCAAAGGAUGUGAAGGAAUAUGUGAAAUGGAUGAUGUACUGGAUCAUAUUUGCACUAUUCACCACCAUGGAAACCAUCACGGAUAUAUUUAUCUGUUGGGUUCCUUUCUAUUAUGAGCUGAAGAUUGCCUUUGUGGUAUGGUUACUGUCUCCUUACACAAAGGGGUCCAGUGUUCUAUACAGGAAGUUUGUUCACCCAACACUAUCUUCAAAAGAGAAGGAUAUUGAUGACUAUCUCUGCCAAGCAAAGGACAAAAGCUACGAUACUCUGGUGACUUUUGGGAGGAAAGGUUUGAAUGUAGCAGCCACAGCUGCAGUCCUGGCUGCGACAAAGAGCCAAGGAGUACUGUCAGAUAGACUACGAAGUUUCAGCAUGCAUGACUUGUCCGCCUACCAGUCCAACCCAACUGAGAUGGACUCUGGAUCUGUCCCCACUCAGUCUGCAGCUGGACAACAGAGGGCCAGGACCAUGAUGCGCAGCAAGUCAGAGAGUGGCUACACCAAGGCCUCCUCCUAGGGACAUAAGACCUCUCACAAGAUCCAGGAUUGCCCAGCUGACUUCAAACAGAGAAGCCAUGUGAUUUUGUGUGAACGCUCCCAAGACCGCUUUAGCUGCCUUAGCUGCAAGGAGAAGAGGGUAAAUAAGGAAAUGUGGCUAAAAGCUAAAUGCAUAAAGCAGCCUUGUUUUAGAAUAAGGAAACCAAAGUGACUUGUGACCCUCUAUCUUAAUAUAUAUGACAUCUGGCACAUACUGUACUGUAACGGAGACAGAUGGUGGGUGCCAUCAAGGUAGCACUCAAGAGUGGGCUCCAUACCUUACAGACAUUUGGAUUGAUUUGUCGGUCAUUGAAUAUGUUUUUGUAUGUAAAGUGUGUGUAUUUAUCAUUAAUUUUUUUUUUUUUAUAUACUAUGUUUAGAGACAAAUGCAUGUAUGUGUCUCUGGUCAUUAGUGUCAUAAAACAGAAUGUAUUGUUACUUACAUCUUUUUGUGGCUACUUGGUCACUAUUUGAGGUAGCAUCAGUCAUCAGGAGCGUAGCAGGGUGAAAUACUCCGUAAUGAAGGAUAUGGUUGUCCACUCACUCUCUUGGGUUUGUAGGGAGAGCUUUAACCUGGCAAAUACAAUCUGUACUGACAAUUUAACAGGACACAGAAAAUUGAAAUGAAUUGUCCUGUCAGGUUAGUAUAACUCCUCAAAGGUGGUAUUUAUUUAUGAGAUAAAAUAGCAGUGGUAGGACUUCAAAAAUGCUGAUUAUUAUUAAUCAACUGCAAGUAAGGGCUCUAUUCAGUCUGUAUCGCUGAAGCAUUACAGAUUGUGCGAUAGAAAUGUAAAGGUAAUAUCUGAUUGAGCCGACAUAUGCAGCGUUUAUUGUGAAUAAAGUCUUCACUAACGCAGGAGCAUUGCCUUUAAAUUUAAAUCACGCUGUAACGCUAAACUUCCACGAUACGGAUUGAAUAGAGCUCUUUACCUUUGCUUAUAAAGCCUUAAAUCAUUCAAAUAAAACAUUGAGUACCUGGUACUACAGAAACAGUAAUAUCAGUACUUGUAUUUCUUGCAAUGAGCACUAAAACAUAAUGAAAAACAUAACUAUGACUGUCAUUGACUAUUGGCACUAUGCACUAUGUUCAGAGUUAAUGCAACUGUUCCAGUACCAUGAAAUGCCAAAAUGUAAAACAGAAAUGUAAAAAAAAAUCCUUUUUAGUUCACUGAUCACCAUGUUAUUUAUUAUUACCAAAAGUAUUAUUAUUAUAUGGGAUUAGUUAGUAUUCAAAUAAAGAAAUUGAUCUAUGGGGUAGAAAUGUUGACAAUUGACUUUUCAAUCUCAUUAUAACUUAUCUGGCAUUCAAGUCUGUCAUUCAAUUGUUUUGUGAAAGUUUGUGUUAUUCAUGUCUUAUAGGCAUCACUAUACAUUUGAGUUUUUUCCGGUUUAGCACACAAAACAUACUUUGAAGUGUAUAGCUAUUGUAUAACAAAAGAUAGCUAGUGGCGAGGGCUAUAUACUCGGGUCCUUCUCAGAGUCUAAAAACACUGUGCAAUACUCUGCUUUCACUGAGCAAUUGCAACUCACGCUUCUUACUCAAAACUCUACAUUUCUCAAUGUAGCCACAAUUGUCGACCUGUCUUUUCCCAGCCAUUACGAAGAGAUGAAUUUCUAAUUAUUCUCUAAGACCUGCCUGUUGCCUAUAUCUAUGAGGGCAUAGCAAUUACACUAUAGUUGGGCAGGUUCCUAACCUUUUGUAAAUUACAUGAAUAUCGGGAGUGUUUCUGCCAAUGGUAGUAACAAAGGUGAGUGACAUACUGUCUUUAACUGAACGUUUCUGCACUAUAGGUAUGUGAAUUCACUUAGAUUGAACCCUCUUGGCUAUUACACAAUGCAUCACUGAAUCUGGGAAUUAUACUUGGGGUUUGGGCAGAAUUAAUUUUAGUUCACUGUUCUCAAUACAUAAAUUAAGGCUUCUCAGGUAUGUGUGUUCAGUUUACAUCAAAUUCAAUCACUUUCUGGAAAAAAAAGAUUUUGGUAUAUAUUUGUUUGCACAUGGAAUUAUCAGAAAGAAGUUCCUUCUAAUUGGCAGAGUUUUCAUGUGGCACAAUUUUUUUAAUCCUUUUUGCGACUAGUAGUUUCAGUGUUGUGUUGGAAUGUGAUUCCCUUUUCAAAUUAAAAAAAUGGAUACAAAUAAAGUUAAUCAUGUUUUUGUUGCUAUCUAGCAGCACACAGAUCAAUAAACAAAAGUCAUAUGAAAAUUCUUUACUACAGAGCAUUGGGUGAAUUGGUUUAGUUUUUAUUUGCUUCAUUGAUUGCCUUGCCGAUUUUACAUUGAUUCUGAAGUGCAUAAUAUUUUUUUCAAUAUUCUUUUGAAGCACUUUGUGGCAAGGUCAGGAAAGUUAUUCUCAUGGACAAAAUACAUGUUUCCACAACCUUGAGUCAAAUAAAUUGCAGGAGGAACAUGUCUGACUGAUGGCCUCAAAGUAAAAAGUACCUUCUGGCAGGCCAGAAUCUCCCAUGAUGCUCAAACCUUAUUGUGAAUUUCAGAAAAAAAGAUGACAGGAAUGAUGAGCUAAAAUGACAUGUGCUUUCUCUGUUUCAUCAGUGUUUCUGUUGGUGAAUUGAUAACAGCCAAUAAAUAUGAGACAAU